UGGGGAGAUAGUGAGAUAGCGACUAAGGUACGUAGAUGGAUAGAUAAGACAUUGAAGAGGAAGAGGGGGAUUGAUGCGAGUUGCGGGGAUGCGAAUCUUGCUUUUUCUAGGCUUAAUUAUCGCGCGCUUUCUUCUACUCGUCUGCCUGGGGGUACAGAAGAUGGAUAGUUAAGACGUUCAACCCUCUCUGAUGAUCUAAAGGCAGGCUGAGGAGUUUAAUCCUCGUUUUCUUUCAUUACUAUUACAUGGCGGAGAACUCUUCGAGAUGGACAUGCUAAGUAUCCACGAUAAACCGUGGUGGGCAGGGCUCGCCCUCGUCGCCCUCGCAGCAGGCCUCUGCAUCCUCACCGUCACCAGCACGCAAGGGAAACCCCUCGUCAACCAAAUAGCCCGACUGCGCCCAACGCGCCGAACAUCAACCAGCAAAACUCCACCGCGCUCAAUCUUCCCAAAAAGCAAGCAAGCCGCCGCCGCCGCCGCCGUACCGCAAAAACCGUCGUCAUCUCCCACAAACCCCGUCGACGUCCUCCCCCCGCAGCGCCGUCAUGUGCUCGCCACACUCGGAGUGUCGCACAAGAGCGAGAUUGGGGAGGAGGAUGUUCGACGCAAGAUCCUGCCGAUGACCGUGGACUACACGACCGCGUGCCAGGGUGGUGAUAACGAGGAGCGAUAUACUCCGACUGGGUUCUCGGUUGCCGAUCUCAAAGCCCUAGGCGAUUUCCCGGACUAUGCGGCGCUCAGUGGCGUACCGUUGCCUGCGCCCUAUCCGGGGUUUGAUAUCAAGAGGGCGUUGCCUAGACCGUAUCGGCCGUUUCGCUGGACGUAUCAUCAGACUAUGUCCCUGACCAAGUUGGAGCCUGAUUGGUGGCUUGAGCUUGAAAACACGUACAAGGAGCGGAUUGCACAGCGCAAGGCGCUGUUUGCGGAGCAUGGAAGCUCGGUCCUUGGUGCUCUUCCGGGAUCGGAGUUGGCGUGUAAGGAGCUCAUGGAGAUGGUUCUGCAGUUCCUGUGCGCGCGGUAUCCGCAGUACUUCACACUGAUUGACAAUCGAAUCUUGAAGAAUGGUAUCCUCGGGACGGAGCAGGAUAUCAGGGCGAAGCCGCCGCUCGAAAUUCUCAUGGACAAUGUACCAGAGGACUUUGGUAUCAUGUUGCGUGACGAUAAGACGGGGAAUUACUUCCUGCGCGCCGGUGUGAUUUGCUCUUCUAUGGGGUGGAAUGUCGGCACCAAGAUUGGGCUGCAACUGCAUCAAAUCCACGAUCCUAUUCCGGAUUACAAGGAAAAGAUGCAGUUCUCUAUGGAUCGUUUCUUCACGAAGAUGCCAAGCGACAAGCCAAUUCAACGAGGUUCUUGGGGCCUCGAAAUCGGCAAGCCUCUGUACAUGCCUGCAGGAGACCCACACGAGAAGCUCCGGACGUUCCAGGACCCCGAUCUGAAGUUAGAAGACUGCUUCCUGAGAGUCGACUGGCAGACCCUCCGUCGCCUCCCGCUUUCCGCUGCCGUUGUCUUCAACUUCAAAGCACUCUUCACGCCUGUGACGGAGUUCAGAGACGAACCCUGUGUUCCCGCGCUUCUAAAGAAGAUAAUGACCGAGGGAAAAGAAAACUUGAUUAAGUACAAGGCGACAUGGCAUGUAGAACACGUCCUUCUUCCCCAGUUCGAGGAGUGGAUACGGGAACAGGAAGAGAGUGGCGCUGUCCCCAGAGACUGGGAGGUGAGUACAUUAGAUGAUAGUCCGUGGUUCAAGAAUUGGCAGGAGAAGUGGCAUCGGCAGCAAGGAUUCUAGUGCGAAAGCCCCUUCAUGACCGGGGAACGGCUUGUACAGAAUAAGAUACUGUAUGCAUUUGGGUGGUUGAGUAUUUAGUGUUAUAGCAUUUGAGGAUUGUCCGUUAUAUAGAGUGACAAUGGACUUUUCCCUGUACGUCGCGAGGAGUGACCGAUUCUUCCUUAUACCGGCGCGGGUAAUCCUGGUAUUUGGCGAGGGUUGCUCAUAAACGUCUCUUUCAAAGAGCGUAUCGAACCAAAAAAUGGCGCUGGACUUAUAUCUAUGGGAGUAGAAGCUCCUGUUCCAGUACCUCAUCGCAUCUUUGAACCGUAGAUGGGUUGCUUUGCUAGGAAGUAGUCAUGUUGAUCGUGAGACACCCAUGGUGUAUACUAGCUGGAGUUUCCAGAGCAGCCUCGAGCUGAUACCGAGCAGAUGCCGGAGUCCAGUAGUUUGUCACUUUGAUGCGGGCGAGAGCGGAGUCAAGUGAGUUGGAUGAUGGCGAGAGGCAGUGCGUUCAGUCAUCAGCAGAGCGAUCAGAGCGGGCAUCGCUCGAAUGCCCAUUUUCAUCGUCACUUCUAUCCAUCUCCUCCAACUCAUCCGCAAGGGGGCUCUCACGCUCAUCUAGUAAAUCGAGAUCCUCCAAUUGCUGCCGCGACGGCAGUUUCCACAGACUCGUACCGCACACACGAUCCUUCGUCAAUAGAUCAUCAACAAAUUGAUCCAUGUACGUGAGUACAAACGAGUCGCGGACCCGUCUUUUCAACUUCCGAUAAUCGAGCAACAGUGGUUCCAGAGUCUUGUACACCUCGACGGGCUCCCACGUCAAACGCACGUAGAACGCCGCUAAAGCGCGUAGAUACUUGAAGUCUCCACGAUGUUUGACGACGCUGCUCUGCGCACGUUCCUCCGGUGAUGUAUCUUGAUCGGCUUCGUCGGCUUCGAGUUCGGGAUCGCUGAAAUUCAGGUACUCCAAGAUGAUUUCUCGGUCCGGAUUGAGUUGCAGGAGCUUGAACGCAAGGCAAAGGAACGGAGAAGCCUUCUCGGAAACUCCAUAGGUACCGCCAAGGAAUGAUAGCUCAACCGCGCGAUCGCACAGGGUUGCGGCGUUUAGACCGAAACACUGCUCUUUCCAGUAGUAGGAUUCGGUAAUUCGGUCGCGAACGGCUUUUUCGAAGAGCAUUGCGGGAUUGAGGCCGCGGACCAGGGGGCCGGUGUAGCCCCGGUCAUCGAGAAGCUUGCUGGCAUCGGCGCGAUGGGAGGCCAUGGUAACGAAUUUGCUGCGUAGAAUUUAAGAGGGUGUAACGGGCUGAGGAG